UUUAGUCAGGAUUACUUCUCAAAAUGGGGAGAGAGUGGUAAAGUGGACCUAAGUGUUGAGCUAGAGCGUCUCAUCAUCUUGACUGCAAGUAGAUGUCUUCUAGGUCGAGAAGUCCGUGAACAACUCUUUGAUGAUGUCUCUACAUUUUUCCACGAACUAGACAAUGAAAUGCUUCCCAUUAGUGUUCUCUUCCCAUACCUUCCUAUUCCAGCUCAUCGCUGUCGUGAUCGGGCCAGAGCAAAGCUUGCACAAAUCUUUUCCAAAAUCAUAGCGUCUAGAAAACGUUCUGGUGACAAAUCAGAGCACGACAUACUACAAUGUUUCAUCGACUCAAAGUACAAAGACGGUAGAGAAACAACUGAAUCUGAGGUCACUGGCUUGCUCAUUGCUGCUUUGUUUGCUGGCCAGCACACAAGCGCUAUCACUUCAACAUGGACAGGUGCUUAUCUAAUGCGGGACAGACACUACUAAUUAGCCGCAAAGGAAGAGCAGAGGAAACUGAUUGAAAAAAAUGGGGACAAGAUCAAUUAUGAUGUCUUAUCUGAAAUGGAUGUUCUGUUUAGAUGCAUCAAAGAAGCUUUAAGGCUUCACCCUCCACUGAUCAUGUUGAUGAGAGCCUCACAUAGUGAUUUCAAUGUGACAACCAGAGAAGGAAAAAAAUAUGAGAUCCCAAAGGGACAUAUUGUCGCAACCUCGCCUGUAUUCGCCAAUCGCUUACCUCAUGUUUAUAAAGAUCCAGACAAGUUCGAUCCUGAUAGAUUCUCACCAGGCAGAGAAGAAGACAAAGUAGCUGGUCCAUUCUCAUACAUCUCCUUAGGUGCAGGUAGGCACGAGUGUCUUGGUGGACCUUUUGCUUACAUGCAAAUCAAAGCCAUAUGGAGCCACUUGCUGAGAAACUUUGGGCUUGAGUUAGUGUCACCUUUUCCUGAGACUGAUUGGAAUGCUAUGGUCGUUGGAGUUAAAGGGAAAGUGAUGGUCCGUUAUAAGCGUCUCCACGUCUCUUAAAAACCUUAAUGCACCCACUUGGUUUGGUUUUUUCUUUUGUGUUUAGUCUUAGUUUGUUGUAUUGGUCGUUUGAUACUUGCUGUUCUGUUUUUCUUCUUUUGACUCUUUUCUUUAAGGUAAAAGAAAAAUGAUUGGGUUGUAUUGUAUAAUAUCAAGGUUUAAAGAAUAAAUGAGUUGUAUGUUAAUC